UUCCUGUGUGAAAGGUCAAACUGGCCUUUUGAGGAGCCUUUGGUUCAUAAAGAAGCCUAUUUGUAUGUUGUUGUUUUUCUUUUAGAAACUACUAAAUAUACGUGUAAGUCAUCAUCGUCAAAUAUGUCGUCUGAUGAACUAAUUGGACCUGCUUUGCCCCCGAUGUUCAGAAACAGGGAGAGCGAUGAGGACUCUGAUAGUGAUGAAGGAUUCUCCGGCCCGGCUCUGCCUCCGGGCUACAAACGGGGAGAGCCGUCGAGCUCCUCGGAGGACAGUGAAGAGGAGGUGACGUUCAAGAGAGCCAAAACAAGUCACACAGCUGCACAAAGCUCUGCAGAAAAGGUGGAGGACACAAAGGUACAAGAACCAGACGAGGAUGGUUUCUUUGGACCGGCCCUACCUCCAGGAUUCAUGAAACAACAGAGUUCACCAGAAAGGCCACCUGUGCUGGGACCAGCUUUACCUCCUGGGUUUCGUAGAGCAGCAUAUGAAGACGAUGAUGACGAUAAUAAAGAAGAGGAGGAUUUCCCAGGGCCUGCCCUACCCCCUGGUUACCAGGCCGACUCCUCCAGCAGUGAGGCAGAAGAUGAUGUGAUUGGACCCAUGCCACACAAAGGGCCUGUUGAAGACUCUACUGCUCUGGACUUUGAGCGCAGAGCUCGAAAGAUGAAAGAUAAGCUGACAGGAGAUGACACUCCUGAGGUGGUGGCCAGAGAAACAUGGAUGACAGUGCUCCCACCAGAACUGCAGCACAUUGGUUUGGGAGCUCGAACCUUCAAGAAGAAGUCGGGCCCAGAGAACAAGGAUCGCUCCAUGUGGACAGAUACACCAGAAGACAGGGAGCGCAAGAUCAGGGAACGCAUUGAAAGAAAGAACAAGGGUGAGGAAGAGAAGGUUGUUACCCCACAAAUCUGCUUCAAGGAUGUUAAAAUGGCAGAAAAAGUGACAAAAUAUAACGAGACUCAACGUGCAGAGUCUCUGGUGAGUAUGCACACAAAGACGAUGAAGGAAAAAGCAAAGAAGAAGGUUGACGUUCCGGUGGAGAGGAGAGCAUUUGAUCGAGAUGAAGACCUGCAGGUGAAUCGUUUUGAUGAAGCGCAGAAAGAGCGGCUGCUGAAGAAAUCUCAGGAACUGAACACACGAUUUUCUCACAGCAGGGACCGCAUGUUCCUUUAACACAAUUUGAGAAAUAUAUUUGAACAAACAGACCUCUGUGUACAAUCUGGCCUGUGCCAUUUUCAUACAGGUUUUAUACAAUAUCAACUAUGUUUGUACUGUGUAACACAAAUGGAGACAUUUUUUGGCCAAACAUAUUUUUAAGAUAUGGUAGACAUGUCCAUUGAAAGUAGUUCAGAGCUUGUUUUUUUCCAGGAGACACUGUGUUGGGGCCUAUCAUUUAGAAGUAAAUACUUAAAUAACUGCAUAUUUUUCAUACAUUGAUAUAUAAACAGUGAUUGGUUUUGUGUUGGAUAUACUUUCCAGCUUUGCGAUCUUUCAUGUGUCCAACUGCUUUUGUGAAAAAUAAUAUUAAACUUUUUUUUUAAAAAUCA